UUUCAACCAAAGCCUCUACUGUGCCAGCUAUGGUGCCUAGCUUCCAUAUCAAAAUAUCAUGUUGAAUACUCAAAGGGAUUUCUAGUAUCAUAUCCUGUCAUAGAAUACUAGACAAUCAUAUAUUUAUAAUUCCAACGAAAGUGGGAGAUAUGCAAGCAACUGGAAUCACAGCCGGGCUUCCCCCAAACCACAUUAUCACUCCAUCAAGAAGCCUGAUAUGAUAGGAUUACGUGCCGAUGCCCAGCGAGCACUGGAUGAACUGCAUCGCAACAACGACUCUGGCAACCGAUACAUCCUCCUCCCCAAUCUCCCCAGGGCCAUCCGCAUCCAACUAGACAAAGACAAGAACAUGCUGGACGGCAUCCCCUUCCGACUCACGUUCGAAGGGAGAACUGGCGUGAUGAAAAUCAUCCCUUCCUACACGCACGGAGUUGUCACGAGGCGAAUAGCCGACGAGAUCCUAUUUCAAAGCAUGCUGAAUAGAACCCCCGAAGACGAUAUUGGAUGGGCGGCGACGACCACGUUUCGAUCGACCACGCGGCACAAGGGGAAGCAGCCAGACGACUGUUUCUUACCCGCCACCAGACAGGGACGUGGUGGUGACCCUCCCAAAUCGCCGACGCUGGUUCUUGAAUCGGGUGUGUUGGAGUCUCUUCCAAGGCUGCACGAGGACGUCAAAUGGUGGUUCCAGAAUUCAAGCGGUGCAGUGCGGAUCGUCUUGGUGUUUAGUAUCGACAAGACUCGAAGGACUAUCCUUCUUGAGAAAUGGCAGCGGAGGUCGGCGGAUCGUAUGCUGCACGGCAUAAACCAGAUGCCAAUCUCUAUGCCUGCUAUGGAUCUCCAGGACCCUGAGCUCCAGCAGCUAUAUGUCGCGCAAAGUAUCACUAUCACGUCCACUUCGGUGGUUGGCAGUGUCCCACUAUCUCUUCAUUUCGAAAGCCUGUUUGACCGCGCUCCUCAGUCUGCGGAGAGAGACCUUCAACUUGAUGUCCAGAGACUAGUGGAUAUUGCGCAAAAUCUAUAAUCAGUUCAAUACGACACAUAUUUUGCAUACUUCCAAGCCCAUCGAGUAUCUGGUAAUGAUUUAAGACACUUAAGAUGGGGAUGAAUAAUAAUUUUGUAGG